GACCGCGCAGGCCCGAGCUCCCGUCUGUACCAACUCUUUAGAGCGAACACUUCCUGCUGUCACCAGCCUGAGAGGCCAGUCGCUUUGCUUUUAGGCAGAGAGGGCUGUGAUCAAAGUCAGCCUUAGGUUUACUCUUAGGACAAGUGAUUUGGGUUUCAGAGAGAGGGGGAGAGACACACUCUGGCUGUUCGGCUCGAGCGUCUGCUCCAUGUAACGAGGUCCCAUCAGCUGGUGAGAGGAAGAAGCAGAAGCAGAAGCAGAGAUCAGACCUCUCUAUUUCAGGUGAAAGAAGGGUAUUUCAAGCACUAUAAAAUUCCUGUGUCAAGGGCUCCCUUUCAACCUCGUCACUUGAAGAAGCUCUGCUUGACCUUCCUCCAACCCCAUGGCCAAGAGAGUUGCAGUGAUUGGAGCUGGUGUGAGUGGCCUGUCCUCCAUCAAGUGCUGCUUGGAUGAGAACCUGGAGCCCACCUGCUUUGAGAGAAGUGAUGACUUCGGGGGACUUUGGAAGUUCACUGAAGAUUCCAAAGAUGGGAUGACCAGGGUCUAUCGGACGUUAGUGACAAAUGUCUGCAAGGAAAUGUCAUGUUAUAGUGACUUCCCUUUCCAAGAAGAUUAUCCCAAUUUCAUGAGACAUGAGAAAUUUUGGGACUAUCUACAAGAAUUUGUUGAGCGCUUUGACCUCCUGAAAUACAUUCGGUUUAAGACCACUGUGUGCAGCGUGACAAAGCGUCCAGACUUCUCCGAAACGGGUCAGUGGGAUGUCGUCACAGAGACGGAGGGCAAGCAGGACAGAGCAGUCUUUGAUGCUGUCAUGGUGUGCACAGGACACUUCCUGAGUCCCCAUUUGCCUUUGGAGUCCUUUCCUGGAAUCCAUAAUUUUAAAGGCCAGAUCCUGCACAGUCAAGAGUACAAGAGCCCAGAAGGCUUUCAGGGGAAACGUGUCUUAGUGAUUGGUCUUGGGAACACUGGAGGAGACAUUGCGGUGGAGCUCGGCCGAACAGCAGCUCAGGUACUUCUCAGUACUAGAACUGGCACCUGGGUUAUCAGCCGCUCUUCAGACAGAGGCUACCCUUUUAACAUGAUGAUCACAAGAAGAUGCUAUACGUUUAUUAACCAACUGCUGCCUCCAUGUUUCAUAAACUGGAUUCAAGAGAGGCAGAUGAGUAAAAGACUAAACCAUGAGAUUUAUGGAUUGAGUAUCACAAAGGGGAAGAAAAAAAAAUUCAUCGUGAAUGACGAGCUGCCAACCUGCAUCCUAUGUGGGCUGGUCACUAUGAAGACCGGUGUGAAGGGAUUCACAGAGACCUCUGCCAUCUUUGAAGAUGGGACAGUGGAGGCCGACAUUGAUAUUGUCAUCUUCACUACAGGAUACAUAUUUUCUUUUCCCUUUCUUGAAGAACCUCUCCAAAGCCUUUGUAGAAAGAAGAUAUUCCUACAUAAGUGGGUCUUUCCCUCAAGCCUGGAGAGAGCAACAUUAGCCAUCAUUGGCCUUAUCAGCCUUAAGGGGUCCAUCUUAUCAGGCACAGAGCUCCAAGCACGGUGGGCCACAAGAGUGUUCAAAGGACUCUGUAAGAUCCCUCCACCCCAGAAGCUGAUGGCCGAGGUCACUAAAAAGGAGGAGCUCAUUCAAAGGGGUGUGAUCACGGACGCCACUCAGGACAAGCUCGACUACAUCCUCUACCUGGAUGAGCUUGCUGCGUGCAUAGGCGCCAAGCCCAGCCUCCUGCUGCUGCUCCUCAGGGAUCCCAGACUCGCCUGGGAAGUCUUCUUUGGACCCUGCACCCCUUACCAAUACCGCCUGGUGGGCCCCGGAAGAUGGGAAGGAGCCAGAAAUGCCAUCCUGACCCAGUGGGACAGGACCCUGAAGCCUCUCAAAACCCGAGUCCCUCCUGACACCCCCAAGCCUGCCUCCACGUCACACUGCUGGAGAGCUUGGGGUGGCCCUGUCCUGCUGGCCUCUCUCCUACUUAUCUAUAAGUCUUCACUUUCCAAGUGGAUGCAGGACAGACUCUCCCCUCAGCUAGGGCUGUGCUUUGGGUGUGCCCCCUGGAGUUCAUGGGCUGGCAGACUGGCCUCCAGCGUGGCAGCACUGAGAGGUGGGGACUAGGGGAGGGACUGGGGUCAUGCAGACUCUACCUACCCUCACAAAUGGAUCAGUGCCACUCACAGAACUGGAUUAGUUUCCAUGAGGUUGUUAUAAAGUGAGGCUGCCCCUUGUUUUCUCUCCUUCUAAGGCACCUGCUUGAGAGGCAAACCUCCCACCUUUCAACAUGUCAUGAAAGCACAGUCCUCACCAGAAGUUCCCCUAGGCCCUUGGACGUCCCAGCCUCCAGAACUGUGAGCCAAAGAAACUUAUUUUCUUUAUAAAUUACUAAUCUCAGGUCUUCUGUUACAGCCAUGGAAAAAUGGACUAAUACACCUAUAGUGUUUGGUGAGGACGAAGCUGAUUGGUUUCAAGGGUCAAACCAUGCCAUGAUGAUCCUAUCUUCAAGUAUCUUGUGUAUCCCUUCUCUCCUUCCACUGUAACGUCUACAAUCCAAGUUCAGGUCUAGUCGUCUCUUAGCAGGAUUAUUAUAUUGUGUAUCACUCUUUGGUCUCAGUACCCUCUUUCUCUUUCCAGUGCACAUUCUAUCCUGCUAGCUAAAGCAGCUACCCUAAAAUAACAGUGUGAUCAUCAUUGCCAAACAUAAAAGUGUGAGCAGUCCUGCCUAAAAUUAAAAUGAUCAUCAUUCAUAUCAGGGUCCUGAGAGGAAUAAGAUGAUGAUACUCAAAUAAUUUGUGGAAAUUUAAUAUAAAGAUUAAUCAAGAAGAUGUGAGCAUUGCUGGGAAAUUGUAGGGAUCAUAACAUGCCCUCAGACUACAGUGAGGUGGCUUUACUAUCCCUAGACCAAAGCAGGCCAGGAAGGAGAGGAAUUACUAACCAAAGAAGGAAGGAGCUUUGUACAACAAGAGACACGGCUUUCAGCUGCGCGAGGAAGGAGGGCCUGAUGGCCCCCAGAGUGGGAAGCUGAGGGGCAGACGGUCUGUACUCUCUUCCUUCCCUCAUUCACCUCCAAAGCCAACCAAGAGCCUGAGGCGGGGUGCCAGCUGUUGUCCAGGAGUCGGCCUCCAGGGCCGGUCACCUUGAUGUGUGUGCAGCUGAGACUACUGACUGGCAGCUGAGACCACUGGUCAAGGUCACUCCCUGGAGAAGGAGACGUGGAUCAUCACCUUAACUCUGGUGUCAGCCAUGAGGCCCUGGCCAAGCCAUGUAGCCUUUCCAAGCCUCAGUGCCCUCACCUGCAAAGUGAAGGUAACAGUAGCACCAAGUGCAGGGUGAGCAGUGAGAGACGGUGCAAGGCAUCUGUGCAGAACUGAAAGACAUUUCCUAAUCUCUGCAUUAAGGGGCUGUUGUGUAACCAGGAGCCUUGGCCUGUACAGCUCAGUCACUCUUUUGUCCUUGUGUCCCCUCCACCCUCAGAUGGACUCUCCUGAAUGCAGCAGGUAAACAUUAGCAAAGGAGGGUUAGAAAUAGCCAUCCUGAAACGACCAGUGAAGGUGUCUGGGUUUACCUGUGCUCCUCGGUGGACUUCCAACCCCGCUAAAGCAGACCAACAGGAGCAACGUCCAGCUUAAGCUAACCGCACACCCGUUCUUGAGGGAGAGUGUGGAACUGAGAAUGUCUCUUAGUUCAUCAGAGCUUAAACUUAUAAUGUGCUAUUUUUUCAAUGCAGUAAUUUUUAAAUAAUGAGUCAAACACUCAGAGAAGGAAUUUACUCUGGUUUUCACAGAAAGGAGGAGACAGAACAGGGAUUUUAACCAAAUAUAUGCAACCCUGGAGCCACUAGCUGCCUUGGGAGGUAACUUCCCUGUUGUCUCAAGCCCUUCAAUUGGUCAGUGAAGCCGGGACCUUUUCCACCUCUUCCUCCAGGAAGCCUGCGCCUGCCUGCCUGCCUGCCUGCCUGCCUGCGGGCUCCCUCCUCUGCACUGCCUUCCCACCCUGAACAGACUGGGAGCAUUGUGCUUGGCAAGUCCAUGACUCUAGGCCUCAAAGAACCCCCAAUACCAGGAAAAUCCCACUGGGAGUUAACCCAUUGACUCGAGAUUUGAUUUGAGAAUCAAAUUUUCAGAGUAAAUAUUAGGGGAAAAUACUAGGUUUGAUCAAGACUUCAUUGAGAAGUGAGAUCAGAAUUAUGAAAAUAAGUUUGCUUGUUCUUUUUAAAUGUCUUUUGUUAAUGUAUUAACUUUUUAGAUUUUUUUCUAAUCAGUCAUACAUGACAGCAUUUGUUUCAUUGUACACAGAGCACGACUUUUCAUUUCUCUGGUUGUACACAAUGUAGGGUCGCACCAUUUGUGCAGUCAUACAUGUACCUAGGGUAAUGAUGUCCUUCUAAUUCUACCAUCUUUCCUACCCACACACCCUCUCCCCCAUCCCUCCCCUUUGCCCAAUCCAAAAUUCCUCCAUUCUUUCCAUGCCCCUCCCCCAUUAUGGGUCAGCAUUCUCUUAUCAGAGAGAACAAGGCACACUCAUGCAUGGCUGCUGGGACUGCAAAUCGGUGCAACCACAGUGGAAAGCAGUACAGAGAUUCCUUAGAAAACUUGGAAUGGAACCACCAUCUGACCCAGCUGUCCCACUCCUCAGUCUACACCCAAAGGACUUAAAAUCAGCAUACUACAGUGACAUAGCCACAUCACAAUUUAUAGCAGCUCAGUUCACAAAAGCUAAACCAUGGAACCAACCUAGAUGCCCUUCAAUAGAUGAAUAGAUAAAGAAACUGUGAUUGAUAUAUAUAUAUAUCACUAAAAGAGAAUAAAAUCAUGGCAUUUUCAGGUAAAUGGAUGGAACUGGAGAAUAUCAUGCUAAGUGAAGUAAAUCAAUCCUAAAAAAACAAAGGCCAAAUGUUUUCUCUGAUACGUGGAUGCUUGGCCUUUCAUUUAGCCAAAUUUGGAUUAUAACUGGAACCAUCUUCUAAAAGGAAUUGCCUAGUUGUGAGAAUUUACAUGACAGCUAGAUAAAACACCUUUAUGACUUCCUUUACUACAUAUUCAACUUUCAAAACUAGGCUAUAAGUUAGCAAUAUUUUAAUAGUCAAGGUUUUCAUUGAUUUUGCCAAGGAACUAAAAUUUCAAUCCUCUCAUAUUUAUACAAAUCUCUUUUGAAACUCCUGUCAUCACACAUGCCAAUCAUCUCUAAGCCAUUCUUGAAACGUCUUCCUGGUUUAAUGCUGCUAGAUCCAGAGUUGCCAUGGCUUAGCAGUCCUCCAGUAUCACCUUUGGCAAUUUUUGGGGGGAAAUCCUUAUUUUGCAAUAUAUGUAAUUUCACUUUGUCAAUGAUUUGCAUUAGAGUCUGCAUGAUCACACAAUCACCAGAGUCUGACCACAAAGACAUUGGCAUCCAGAAGAGGCUGUCCCGUUGAAUAGGCAUGUGGGUUUUAGAGAAAAUAAAUUUUAAGUGCUCAGUUAAUUCAUUCAUUAACUCAACAAAUAUGCAUUGAGCACUUACUGUGUUCCAAGCACUCUUCUAGACUGAGGUAACCAUGGUCAGUAAAGAGAAAGUCCUUGACGUCAUGGAACACAUACUGCACUGUGACAGGCAGCGAUGUGACAACUGCCAGGAAGACCAACCAAGCAAGCUUCAGAGAGGGUGGGGGAGCCAGCCAGGACGCUCACACAAAGCUUCUCUGAAGAGGUGACACCCGAAAUGUUCCCAGUGGAAGCUGGGUAAAGUGAGAGAGUGGCCCCGGGACAGUCUCACGGAAGGCGUUGUUUCUGUCAGCAAUCAGUAAGUGGCCUUGGGGCAGGCGUGUUAGAACAGCGGCCACCAACCUUGUUCACACCAUGAUGCACACAGAAGAUGAAGACAGUCUUUGUGAGCCACGCUAAGAUAAGCCGAUAAGAUAUGGGGAAGGGAGAUCAUUGUGAGCACAGGGAAAAUCAUCUUUUCAUAUUGAAGUAAAAUUGCUUAAGCCAAAAAAUACCGAAAUAUUAAAUAUAGAAUCUAUAAUAUACUUCCAAAUAAAAUUUCACAGGUUUUGGUUAAAACUUGAAUUCACCUCUAGGGGUUUUCUAUCAUAAUUGAUAUCCUACGUUAACUUCUAAAUAAGAUUUUUAAACGAUGAUCUCUUUAUGUUAUUACAAGUUGGUAUGAAAAUAAUGUAAAACCAUUUCACAGCCAUUCAAAAAAAUUGAAACCGUUGAAAUAAUUUCUUUCAUCAAUAAAUGUAACAUUGAAAGCUU